AUGGGAAUUCAAUGUUCUAAACGCAAAAGCAAACCAUCUGAGCAAUUCGAAAUUCGCACAUCACAAACUCAAGCCUCCCCUCAAAAUCAAGUAACGUCAAAAGAAGCCCUUGUCUACUUGGAUUCAAGUGAAUUGGCAACUUUCAUGAGAACAAAACCAGUCAAAUCUUUUCUUGCUGAUCUAAUGAGGAAGAAGUAAAUUUAGGUGGACUCUUGUGAUCAAAUGGCAGCUAUUAUUGAGAGCAAAUCUGAAAUAAUAUUGAGAUGUUAUAAUGAUUUCACAGAGAAAGCUCUAAAGAUAAAGCUGAAGGUCUUAGAAUACUACAAUGAGAAUUAUUUAAGAUAAAAAUAGCAAGCUCAUGUCUUAAGUAGCAAGAAGGAACUCAUAGCUCAUGAGACUAUGCAAUUGUUGCUGGAGACGAUAAUCAUUUUAAAUUGUUUGAUGGACAAAAACUUCGAUCAAGACUCAGAAUUAUGGUGGGGAGAAGGGUAUUAUGAGGACAGAAUCUCAGUUCUUUCUGUCCCUCAAGAUACAUCUCAAUAAAAUGAUAAAAUAGUUCAGCCAAUUCAACAAUAUCUCAAUGCCUUAAAAAAUGCAAUAGCUCAAACAAUCCCCCUCCAAGAAUAGCAAAGGGUAACCGAACAGCCUCAAUCCAUUGCAAAUAGCACAGCCAUUGCACAAGUGCAUCUUACUAAAUUUUAUCAUGAUUUAAAAUUACAGUUUGUAAGAGAUGUUGAUGAGGAAAAAGUUGAUGCUUGA